AGAUUUUUGACCAAUCAGAAAAGUUUAUGGUGACUUGCCCGUCUAUAUAAUGGGGAAGAGUGAGCAUUUUUCAAUAGUAACCGGUAGAAGACAACAAUGAUGCUAUAUUCCUUUGUUGGUUUUCUUCUCUUUCUCGAAGUAUCUCUGGCGUUCAAGGAACAAAGGAGAGCUAAAGGAGGGUGCUUUAUUGACCGCCGAUAUUGCUAUAAAGGGAAAAGAUGCAUUAAUUCUGAUGGUUCUAGCUAUUGUUUGUGUUCAUCUGGCUGGGUAGGGACGCAUUGUGACACACAGGAGACAGAGAUGCCCUGCUACAGUAAUCCCUGUCAGAACGGAGGCACGUGCACUGACUCGUCAUCCAAUUCCUACACGUGUUCCUGCUCACCAGGCUGGAUGGGUGAGGACUGCUCAGUAAAAAUUUCUGCUUGCUCUUCUAUGCCGUGUCAAAAUGGAGGGCUAUGUGCUGACGCAGAAAAUUCGUACAUCUGUACGUGCGCCGAAGACUGGUCUGGGCAAGACUGCACAGAUUUUAGAGGAAGUUUUACAAACGAAUAUCUUUUGUUGAUUAUGUGGAACCACUUCUAUGCUGACGAACAUCCAUCCUACGUUUAUCUUACAACCAACUCCCCUACAACUGUUCAGCUCUCUUCUUCUGACAGUCUAGACCCCGCCUUAAAAUCACAAAUCGAUCGCAAUGUUACCUUUACGUCUGAGUUGAAAAUCGUUUUGCCGCCAGAACUGCAAGGGCAAAUACUUCAAAAAGAGGCAAAAGCCGUGCGUAUCAAAUCUACUGAGCCAGUUAGCGUGGUGCUCUUUGACAACGACUACCAUUCCUCUGACGACAGUUCGAUGAUUUUGCCCACAGAGAAGCUUUCUACAUCUUAUACGGUGGUCUCCACUCAACCACUACGCCCUCGAUUUCCUGUGUACUCUAGCGUGUAUGCCAUUGCUUCUCUGAAUGAUGACACAACCGUUACAAUUAAAUUCAAGUUACUGAACAACUCAUCCCCUAUUACUAUCAACGGGAAAAAUUACAGCGAUUCGGACACUUUGGAAAUGUCUCUGAAUAAGCUCGAGACUUUUCAAGUUGGACACAAUACAGAUCUGACAGGAACAACUAUUGAAUCUUCUCAACCAGUAGCGGUUUUCUCCGGAAACAGAUGCAAUAUGUUUCCCGGAUCAAUGACUUGUAGUCAUAUGAUGGAACAACUCCCACCCACUGCCGAGUGGGAAAAUUUCUUUAUUGUCCCCGCGGACAUCAACAGUAAUGGCUCACUGAUCCGUAUCCUUUCAGCAUAUAAUACAACGAUUACUAUUAUAAAAGGGUCCCAAACAAUUACACAGGAUGUCAUUAAAGGCAUACCAUACGACAUAAACUCAACAAUAAGCGAAACCGUUGUCAUUGAAAGUAGCAAUAGUUCGCUAAUGGUAACUAAUUUUGUAAGAGGGAAUUACGUUGAUGCGAAUACAGCCGACCCGUACAUGAUUGUUGUCCCGGGGUACUACAGCUACAAACCCCAGUAUAAGGUGGUGAUCCCAGACGGGUACCCACAGAAUUUCAUCACUGUAAUUGCCUUCAAAGAUGUGGCACAGAGUGUUCUAAUAAAUGGGCAAAAUGUCGACCCGAGCAUGAUAAUUGUACAAGAAAACAUCGUGAUAGUCGGCAUUUCGUAUGAUGUUAUCACUCUUGAGGUUUCUCCAGGAUCAAUAGAAAUCAAGCAUUCGUCUCCCUUUGGUUUGGUCGUCAAUGGCUACAGGUCUCUCGAUUCUUAUGGAUUUGUAGGAAACAUCUAUAACGUCGGAAACUACCCUGUUUUAGGUUAAGAGAAAGAACAGAAUAUCUAUGCAAUAAGCCUUAAAUGUAUUGUUUUCCUCUUUAGGUUAAGAGAAAGCACAGGGUAUCUUUAUAAUAAGUCUUAAAUGUAUUGUUUUCCUCUCCAAAUAAAUCU